AUGGCUGCCGCAGUUGCUACCAACAACCCCACGAGCAUUCUGGCUGAACCUGCUCUUGCAACUGAACAAGACUCUCCUCCCUCACCUGCCCCAUUCAUCGGACUCUCGUCGGACACCCCGCUCCUCACCUCGCCAUCCAUCCAGGCGCCCUUCAACGCCAUCCGCCAGCUUUUCGACCACCUCCGCGCCAGCCCUGAUGCUGCCGCCGCCCUCAACGCCACCUACCCCAAGCGCGGUAUCCUCAAAACGGCCGCAACCGACAACCCCACCUCGGACCAGAAGUUCACCAUCGACCUCUCGCCCCACCGCACCUCCCUCAUCCCCAAUGACGUCCGCGCGUCCCUGUCUCCUCACGGCCUCGACUCCAUCCUCACAUUCUUCUCCGCCGCCAGCACCGCCUACAUCGGCCCCAUCCUCGCGACCCUCUCCGCCGCCGCCGGAGCGGACCUGGCGCCUUACCACCGCGGUGGCAAUCUCAACUGGCGCCUCUGCGACUACAGCCCCGACACGGCGGCACCGCUCGACCCGAACGGCUGCGGCGCGCACACCGACUACGGCACUUUCAGCAUCAUCUUCCAAGACGGAGUCAGCGGAUUGGAGAUCGAGGAUUUGGAGAAGCCGGGCGAGUGGACUCUCGUGCCAGGGGACGCGACGGUCGUGUUGGCGGGAUGGUGCGCGCUGGUGCUGAGCGGAGGCAAGGUCCGGGCGCUGAGGCACCGCGUCAGGCGCGUGCCCGGCGUGCGCAGGCUGAGCGCGGUGCUGUUCGUGGCGCCGGAUUUGGAUGUCGUGUUGAAGCCGGUCGAGGGGGUUGUGCCGGCGACGGCGUUUUCGAAGGAGGUGAUGGGCGGAGAGGUGGAUGUGGAGUGGUUCAAGGAGACAUUUGAGCGCGUUGCCACUGAGGCCUUCGAGCGCUUUCCUACUGAGGGCAUUUUCGAGCGCGCUGCCACGGCGCCCUCCGAGCUUACUGCCUACAACAAGAAGUCCACGACCUCCAAACUUGCUACCUACAACAAGAAGUCCACCACCUCCAAGCUUGCCGCCUACAACACGAAGUCUACCAUCUCUUCCCGCGUGAUCCAGGUCUCGACUUACACAGUACAUACUUUGAAAUAA